AUGCGCCGGGCAAAUGUUGCUAUCUUGAGGGAAAGGCGUCUGAUGCCCACUAUUGAUGACUUCCUUCCACGAUUCGCUGGUGCCAAGUACUUUAGCCGCCUCGACAUUAAAGAAGCUUUCCACCAAGUGGAGCUUGAUGAGGAUAGUCGCUUUAUUACGACGUUCAUCACACACAUGGGCCUUUUCCGUUACAAACGGCUUAUGUACGGGAUUGUGAUUGCUCCGGAGAUAUUUCAGAGGAUUCUCGAGCAAAUUCUCAGCCGGUUCAGCGAAUACACGGUCAAUUUCAUCGACGACAUACUAAUAUUCGGCAAGACCGAAAGCGAGCACGAUGCUGCACUUGAGUCGGUACUAUCUACCCUGAAGGAGUAUGGAGUUCUACUGAACCAGGAGAAAUGUGUGUUUAAAGUCCAAAAACUGGAUUUUUUGGGACACACUUUGUCCGCUGAAGGCAUACAACCCGCUCAAGAUAAGAUUGCCGCCAUUCAGCAGUUUCGUGCACCUUCGAGUUCGGAGGAAGUUCGGAGUUUCUUAGGACUUGUGACGUACAUCGGUCGGUUCUUGCCGGAUCUAGCUACCGUCACUGCUCCACUUCGUGAAAUGACUUGCGCUGGCGUUAAGUUCGAAUGGGGUGAAGAUCAGCAACAGUCGUUCUCCAAACUGAAAGAAAUGAUUUCCAAUGUAAACCUGCUACGUUUCUUUGAUAAUUCGCUUCGGACGCGCGUCAUUGCGGACGCUUCUCCACUUGCGUUGGGUGGUGUUCUGUUACAGUUUGAAGGAUCAACAGAUGACAACCCUCGCCCAAUUGCGUAUGCUAGCAAAAGCCUCACUCGUACCGAGCGCAGGUACUGCCAAACAGAGAAGGAGGCUCUAGCUCUGGUUUGGGCAGUGGAGAGAUUUUCGCCGUAUCUUUUGGGUCGUAUAUUUGAACUUGAGACCGACCAUAAGCCUCUUGAGGCGAUCUUCAAGCCAACCUCACGCCCAUGUCCUAGGAUCGAAAGAUGGGUCCUACGGCUCCAGUCUUUCACGUUCGUGGUAAAAUAUCGAAGAGGUAAUAGCAACAUUGCUGAUCCGUUGUCUCGAUUGGUUGCACCUGGUGUUCUGGAGGAAUUUGAUGCAGAGAACAAGUUUAUGGUUUUGGCGGUGUUGGAGUCUGCGGCCAUUGAUGUCCAGGAACUAGAAGAAUCAGCGUCAAGAGAUCCAGUUCUAAAUUCGGUAAAAAGGUCCCUACAUACAGGAAAUUGGGACGAGCCAGAUGUGAAGCCGUACGUGCCGUUCAGCAAUGAGUUAGGUAUGGUUGGAGACACAAUUGUUCGAGGAAAUAAACUCGUUGUUCCAGCAAGUCUACGUGAACGAAUGCUUGACUUGGCCCAUGGAGGACAUCCCGGGGAGUCAGUUAUGAAGCGUCGCCUUCGAGAUCGAGUCUGGUGGCCCGGCAUGGACCGCGAAGUUACUCAGCGUGUAACAUCCUGUGAGGGUUGCCGAUUGGUAGGCUUGCCGAGUAAACCAGAGCCAAUGUCGCGUCGUCCACUUCCAGCGAAGCCAUGGGUGGACGUGGCAAUUGAUUUCCUCGGACCACUGCCGGAUGGAACGUAUUUGUUCGUUAUAGUCGACUAUUACAGUCGAUAUAAGGAAGUCGAGCUGAUGAAUAAGAUCACGGCAAAAGAUACGGUGUUCAGACUGGAUAAAAAAUUCACGCGGUUGGGUUAUCCCCGAACAAUCACGUUGGACAACGCCAAACAAUUCAUCGGCACUGAAUUCGAGGACUACAGCAGGAAACGCAGGAUCCACCUCAACCAUUCCACUCCAUACUGGCCUCAGGAGAACGGGCUCGUUGAGAGGCAGAACCGAUCGCUGUUGAAGAGGCUCCAGAUAAGCAACGCACUAGGCAGGGAUUGGAAACAAGAUCUCAACGACUACUUGGUAAUGUAUUACACUACUCCACAUUCAGUAACAGGUCGUACGCCAACAGAGCUCUUGUAUGGCCGCACGAUAAGGUUCAAGAUACCGGCAUUGGACGACAUCGAAACAGCUCCACCGAAAAAAGAUUUUGCGGACAAGGAUUUGGAGUCAAAGAAAAAAGGGAAGGAUCAAGAAGAUAUGCGACGGAAAUCUAAACGGUCUUCUAUCGAAUCGGGUGAUUCGGUUUUGAUGCAGAAUCUCCUACCAGGUAACAAACUUCAGACAACGUACAAUCCCAAGAAAUACGUCGUGGUAUCUCGUUCUGGUCCUCGUGUUACCGUUGAAGAUCCCGUUAGUGGCAAAUCGUACGAUUGA